ACCAGCUGCCAUCCACAAGGGAGAACAUCUCCCCCAGGAAUAAACGCGUUUCACAGAUUUCAGGAGAGAAUGAGACAUGUGGGACAAACCAUUAUCGCUGUGUCCCUGGCUGCUGCUGCUCGGUUUUGUUUGUACAAAUAUUAUAUCACUUGAAACAAGUCAAAGCCAUGUAUGUUUGGUGAACUUCUUACACACCGUACGUAGCCAACCAUGCUAAUCGGAAGUGCAGGGGGAGGACAACAAACUAAACACAAAAAGCAGUUUUAGUUACACAGUGCGUGACUGUAACGCCACGCCUACACAGGUCAGCAUGGCCGCCAUGUGGAACAUUCCAGGGCGUGUCUCAAGGUAUUUAUAACUAAACUGCAGGUGAAGUCAGUUGAUUUCCUUGUUCGUCUCCGCUGCGUGAGCUGCGCACAGAACAACUCGUCAAUGAUAUUCAACAUCUCAAGAGAUUAUAAAAGUAAAACUAUUUUUUGUUAACAUAUAUAUUUUUCCGAGCGACAGGGAGUGACUAACUUUUGGUGCAUCCUUGGGUCAUGGCGAGCACAGCUCCCGCUGAGAACGUGGACCGUGAGUUGAUCUGCUCCGUCUGCCUGGAUACGUUUGACUGCCCCUCCACGCUGAGCUGCGGCCACUCGUUCUGCCUCCAGUGCCUGGAGGAUGCCUGGAAGGAGACAGACUCCUACUGCUGCCCGCAGUGCCGCAAGACCUUCCCUCGACGACCCCAACUGACCAGGAACGUGACGAUCGCCAAUCUCAUAGAGCAGCUGCGAGUGGCUGAGACCAUGGCUGCUGCUGCUGUUGUUAGAGCUGUUUUCUGUGACCACUGCCCAGAAGGAAAAACGCCUGCAGUGAAGACCUGCCUCAAGUGUGAGAUGUCCUUCUGCACGGAGCAUCUCGCGCCUCACCUGGAGAGAGCGAAGUUGAAGGACCACGUACUGGUUUCACCAGAUGUGAACCCUGAAGAACGCAAGUGCAAGAGGCACAAAGAGGAGCUCAAGUUCUUCUGCAAGCAAGACCUCAGCCUCGUGUGCAGGGACUGCACCAUCGCAGGAGACCACACGGGUCAUAAGUUCAUCACACUGGAGGAUGAGCAUCAGACACGGAAGAGUGGAGUCGGAGAGGAAACGCGAGCAGUGGAGGAGAAGAUGAUGGAGGCGGAGGCGUCCGUGGGAUGGAUGAAGGCCACUCGCAAGGCCGUGCAGGAUUCCAUGGUCCAGACCAAGGCUCGCAUCUCAGGCGAAUUCACCCUCAUGAGGGCGACGCUGGAUGAGGACGAGAAGGCAGCUCUGGAGUGCGUGGACGUGAAGGGGCGUGAGCUGCUGUCCCAGAUCGAGGAGAACAUCGCUCAUUACGACCGUGAGAUCAGCAACCUCCAGAAAGCAGCCACGCGCCUGCGCGCUCUGCAGGAGGAGAGGGACUCGCUCACGUUCCUGCAGAUUCACAUAAAGGAAACAAACCGGAGAGACGCUCAGCAGGGAUCUCCACCCUCAUUUCUCAGUGAAGAAGAUAUCGCCUCAAUCAGCACCCUGCAGGGAGCUGUGGUCAACCUGCUGGCAUUCAUGUAUGGACGCUCACCGACUCUGGACCCAAACUCGGCACACAACCUCCUCCAGAUUUCCUCGGAUCUCAGGACGGUGAUGGCGACUGCUGUCUCCCAGGGUCGCCUCGAUCACCCACACCGCUUUGAUGGCUGGUACCAAGCCCUGUGCUCCGAGAGCUUCUCGUCGGGUCAACACUACUGGGAGGUGGACGUGGGGGGUGCGGCGGGGGGCUGUGUGGUUGGAGUCGCGUACGGAACGAUCGCACGGAAAGGGAGUGGUAAAGAGUGCAGCCUGGGACAGAACGACUCAUUCUGGGUUUUAUAUAAAGAUAACAACAGCUGCUACGUGUGUCAUGGUGGUGUAGAGACCUCAGUGCCGGUGAGGGAUCCUCCCCGGAGAGUCAGGUGUCACCUGCACUGGGAGGCGGGGCUGCUGUCGUUUUACUGCGCCGACUCCAUGGAGCUGCUGCACUCCCUCCACCACUCGUUUAGUCAACCUCUCUACCCCGCACUGUGGGUGGGUGGUGAUGGUGACUCAGUGAGGAUUCUGGAUCUGAGUCGUGAGUCCUGAGAGCACGGAGUGUGAGCAGCGCAGAGAAACGGGCACAACGCACAGACUCACGCACACAAAGACACAGAUCCCCCGUGAAGCCUUAACAGGCUGCAGGGGUAAGGGCUGGUACAGAGCACCUAUGAAGGCCAGCACGGCUCACAAGAGGGUGGGUGGCCAACACCAUGCCCAGCCGCCUUUGUCUUCCCAGUGUUGACGUUUACACACCGCACCAGUGACUCAUGUGAGGCUGAGUCGACCUAGGGGAGGCCCAUGACCGGUUUACAAACACCAUUGAUAGCGAUUAUUUGAAUCGGUAUUGUGUCUCGCCUAGGUCGGCUCAGCCUCAAAUGAGAACCUGCUGCGGUGUGUAAACAUCGCCACUGGGAGACAAAGGCGGGUCAGGCGUGGUGCUGGCCACUAAUCCCCUCUUGUGCUGUGGCUGCCUUCAUAGGUGGUGGUUGACAUCACUUGCCCCAACAGUAUUUUAGGGAUAUAUGGGGAUAUUUGUCUUUGGGUGAGUGGGUUGGUGUGUGUGCCUUUCUCUGUGUGUCUUAUUAUUGUGUCUGUGCGUGUCUUUGUGUGU